AUGUCCAUUCCCCUUUUUCCUCUGUUAGCUCCCAUAGGAAAAAUCGAGAAGAAAGUGAGUGGUGCUUCACCCCUAUGGAGAAAGACCAGCUAUGCCAAAACCUUGGAACCACAAAGAGAUCCUUACCUAUGCGCCUUGGAUGGGAGAAUUUCACCAAAGAAGAUUAAGUGGAAAGAAGCAACGAAAAAUGGAGGAAAUGGUUAA